AUGUACAUUUUCUUGGCGAGCGGCUUCUUCUGGUACGAGUGCAAGGAGGUGUGGAUCGAAGGGCUGCGCAGCUACCUGCUCGACUGGUGGAACUUCCUGGACAUCGUCACGCUCAGCAUGUACCUGGCCUCCUUCGUGCUGCGGGUGCUGGUCUCCGUGACGGGCCAGUACCACUGCUGGGACGCCCCCUCCUCGCCCGAGUGCUACUACUUCACCAAAGCCGCGUGGGACAGGCAGUCUGCUGACCCCUCUCACCUGCCCCCACUGUGCCCAGGGCACCAUGAGUGGCAUGCCGAGGACCCCCAGUUUGUUGCAGAGGUGCUUUUUGCAGUGACCAGCAUGCUGAGCUUCACCCGUCUGGCUUAUAUCCCGCCAGCCCAGGAGUCACUGGGGACCCUGCAGAUCUGCAUUGGGAAGAUGAUCGAUGACAUGAUCUGGUUCAUGUUCAUCCUGAUGAUCAUCCUCACUGCUUUCCUGUGUGGGCUCAACAACAUCUACGUGCACUACCAGGAGUCCGAGCGGCUGGGCAACUUCAAUGAGACGUUCCCGUUCCUGUUCUGGACCAUGUUCGGCAUGGAAGAACACCGUGUGGUGGACAUGCCCCGGUUCCUUCUGGCCCAGUUUGUGGGCUGGGCACUUUACGGCAUCUUCACCAUCGUUGUGGUCAUUGUCCUCCUCAACAUGCUCAUCGCUAUGAUCACCAACUCCUUCCAGAAGAUCGAGGACGAUGCCGACGUGGAGUGGAAGUUUGCCUGCUCCAAGCUCUACCUGUCCUACUUCCGGGAGGGCCUGACACUGCCUGUGCCCUUCAACGUCAUUCCAACCCCCAAGUCCCUCUUCUACAUGGUCAGGGGCAUCUUCCAGUUCAUUUGCUGCUGCAAAGCCAAGAAGCAGCAGGACUGUCCCUCGAUCCCCACCAUUGUAAGUGUCCCGCACAACACAGCGGCUGGUAGAAGCUACAUUGGCUGUGUGGCCGUUGGUAGAAGCCACGUUGGCUGCGAGGCUGUUCUGCGAGGCUGGAUGAAUGGUAAGCAGCACCGUUCCCUGGUACCUGUGUAA